GUGAACGUCGCUGCUCCACGGAUUCUUCUGAGCCAAAAUCUGUUCCCCGGUCUCUUGCAGCCCAUAUUACCGCGAGUCCGAGUCAUCAAUUCAACAGUUCAAAUCUUUUGUUUUUGUUUGGCAACAAGUUGGUCAUGUCUUUCACGUUGAGUUACCAGCAGAUGAGGCUGGUUAAGGCAACCAUACCGACGCUGAGAGAAAAGGGUGAAGAUAUCACAAGCAUCUUCUAUAAGGAGAUGCUGAAAAAUCAUCCUGAGCUGAACAACUACUUCAAUUCGGUUAACCAGGCCAAUCACAGGCAACCUCGUGCCCUGACAUCAAUCAUUCUUGCAUUUGCCAGUGCCAUCAACUACGACAUGAGUGAACUUAUCCCGAAACUCGAGCGCAUGUGUAAUAAGCAUUGUUCUCUCGGCAUCAAGCCAGAGCACUACGAGAUUGUGGCCGUAUAUCUCAUUCGCGCAUUCAAGACGGUCCUUGGGUCAGCAAUGACCGCCGACACGGAGGUAGCAUGGAUCAAAGCAUAUUGGAUUCUCGCCAAGAUGCUCAUCGGGCGAGAGAAGCAGAUAUACACAGCGUUCGGAACCUGGGCAGGGUGGAAAUCGUUCAAAAUCGAGCGCAAGGAGUCCGAAACCGACGACAUCGUUUCAUUCUACCUCACGCCACAAGACAAGAAGCCCCUGCCUGGCUUCUUCCCAGGACAAUAUAUAUCUGUGCAAUCAAGCCCACCACACGUUGGGUAUCUCCAAUCGCGACAAUUCUCACUCAGCGAUGCACCACACGAAAGCUACUAUCGCAUUACUGUCAAAAAGGAGUCUGGCCGUUCAGAAUAUCCUCCAGGGGUCAUGACCAGCUUCCUGAUUGACUCCCUCAACCCUGGCGACUUCGUCGACGUGACCCAUCCAGCGGGCGAGUUCUUCCUCGACACCAACAACUAUUCCAGCGUGCCAGUGGUCCUGAUCAGCGCGGGAGUGGGCGUGGCCCCGAUGGUGAGCAUGUUGAACACCAUGAUGGACCUGCAGCCAAUGCGGGAGGUCAGCUGGGUACAUGGGGCACGACGCAUGAUCCCCUUCUACAACCACAUCGGGGCAGCCAAGAAGCAGAUGCCAAACCUGAGAACCAAUAUCUUCAAGACGCACUUGGCGGAGCAGGACCUGGCCGGUGUCACGUACGACUAUGACUUCCGUGUCGACCUGGCCAAAGUCGCCCGGGAGGACUUGUUCUUGCACCAUGGCGGUACUGAGUACUAUAUCUGCGGGCCCGAGCAAUUCAUGGUCGAGAUGGCCGACUAUUUGAAAAUGCAAGGGGUCGGAGUACAAAGGCUCAAGUUUGAGCUCUUCAGCACUGGCGACAUGGUUGCGAUCGAGUGAUGAUUCCCGAGUCUACAUCUCUCUAAGUACCUAGCGUCAAUGAGAAACAUAGGGGGCCAAACGCUAUCUCCUCGGCAAUCCACGUUGCACGUGCCUUAGUCGCUGUGUACAGAACCUGGGUAAAGGAACCUGACGGAACGUCUCGCAUAGCUGGCACAAAGGAAAGGGGCAUCUUCGAAGAACCUCACGUCAACUAGUGGUCGAGGGCCACCUGGAUGUGACACAUCACACAACGCAUAGGAUUCAGCGGUGAGGCAUGAAGCGACAUCUAUCUGUAUCAAAGAAAGCCCCGACCAGCACCAGUGGUUCGGUAUGGUAUAUGUUUAAAGGGACAGCGAUCAGGCGACAAUCGAGCGAUGCUCUUACGAUACAGUUCGGAAUCAUGAUGGUUGGACAUGUUGUCGUCAAAAUCGAGGCACACAAAAGUGGAGUUCUCAACUGGGGGGAGAUCUUGAGUCAUUUGCUUCAUUCCGUCAUUCAGCAAAGUUGAAAACGCGGUGCAAUUGCAGAGGUACGAUAUAAAUGUUUAAUCACGCUUUGGUCCACACCAAGCGACUUUUAUCAGCGGUAUGCAUCACACCGACACGCAUCAUAUUGUACGGGUGCCAAGUCAGAUCGAUGACACGAUAAUGAGGAGUUCGUUUGAGCGUUUCUGCAAGGACGAAAAAAAUACAGACUGUUACAAAGACACGCAUAAGACUUCCGCGUAAGACCAUGAUACGGAAUAGACGAUCGGGUAUCACUGCUUCAUCAACUCCCACGCCAUGAGCUCGAGGCUUCAGUAAACAGUUAUAAGACAUUUCACGGGGGCGGAGGACCCCUCCCACCUUUCCCACCACCAGGAGGUCCGCGAGGUCCACCGGGUCGGCCGAAACCCCCCCAAUAAUUGUCUCCAUCACCUAGUAUGCUCGACGAGUUGGCACAUCGAGGAGAUUCAUAGUCCUCCUUAGUGCCAAAAGGCCACAUCGGGAUCACGCACACCUGAUCAACGUCACACUGCGAACAGCGCUUGAAGCGAGCCCAACUCAGGUGCUCAACCAGCAAACUAAUGGUUUCCAUGGCAUCAUUGAGUGCAAGCUGCUCCAUCCCGUGGCCAGUAGUAGAUCUGUUGACGAGAACGUCUCUCGCCUCGAACAGUCUAGUGCAAAUUUCUGACGCGACACUCUUGAUUGCGGUAUGUAUCAAGUUGUCGGCUGCGGUCUGAGGAGAGAUGCCAUGAAGGUAGAACUCGGUGCAGCGGAUGAUGGCAGGCGGAAUUGGGUCAGAAUCUUUACCCGAGUGGUCGAUAUAGACCGUAAGCAAGUGUUCAAUCUCAUCGAGUAGGUGGCUCGCCGUGUGGGCCUUCUCGACCAUGUACUUGAGCCUAUCCGCAUAUCGGGCUACAAUGAGGUCUGUAACGGCUUGCCAGUUUACAGCGUGAUUGUGGCCAUCUUGUCUCUCUGAGAUGACUAGAUUCAAGUCAGCUUUGAUUGAGGCAAGCUCUGCCUCCGUGGCAUCAGCAAGUCGUGGCAAAUCAGGUCGCUUUGGAUCCGGGUUUGUCAGGUUGAUGGGAUAGAAGAACGCCGAUACCAUGGAAGAGAAGUCGAUAGUUGUCCUGGAUGAUCCGAUGCCAUUGUAGCGCUCGGAAAGGGCGCGGAUGAACUCGAACUUGGCGACAGAACCAGCCCUCCCGUACUGGCCGUCCUGUGGAUGCGGUCGCUGUAGGGCUUGGAUCUGGUCGAGCCCGUCUUGAAAGUCACAGUGUAUGACCUCGAAACCAGCUUCCAUGCGUAUGAUACCAGAGAUAUUCCAGUAGUAGCACAUAUCACAGAGCUCGGAAGCCCGCCUCCUCUCGUCCAUCGGACCACCAGCUCUUUCUCCCACAUGCGGUGGCUCGUCCAUUGUGUAUAAUGUGGUCUUGUCAUUCCGGAGAAGAUAGUCCUGGGUAUCCAAAGUUCCCAUAGAGGUUUUACCACCGCUCAUCCCAUCAACGUAUAGGUAUCGUAACGGUCGAGUUGUGCGAUAGGUAUGAAGCCAUCCACCCUGCUGUUGCGUGUCGUCGAUGGGUUGUGGCGAUUCAGAAGAGAUCUCAUCGAUUAUGACCUUUUGCGGAUUGUUUUCUUCCCUCACAACCAUAGUUUUGAAGCCAUCUUGUAUCUUCAGCUUCACUGAUAAUGGUCCCUCGAUCGAACGGUGUCCAUCAGGACGAGGUGGACGGCCAUCAUCUGGAGGGCCCUUCCCUGGAGGGCCCCUUCCUGGAGGACCAUGUCUCCCACUUGCAAAGCCCUCAGCAUGUUCGAUCUCAUAGGCAAGCCACUCUGGACCCUGUGGUGACGUUUCGUUAUCGUUGCCAUGAUGGAAAAUGACGCCCUCCGGAACCGUGGCAAGAUAAAAGGACAUGCCGUUGUGGUGAAUAGACGAGCCCCAUUGUCUCAUGGCGUUGUUAACGGCAUUGAAAAUCUGAGGACCGCGGCUUUUUGCAACAUCCUGACUAGGUCCGAAGCCUUUUUCCAGAGGAGGGUUUGUUAUCCCAGCGUGGGCGAGACUCGAGGCGGCGAGCGCGGCGGAGAGGAUUCGAGACGUCAUGGUCCCGCCGGAGCUUUUGACUCCCUUAGAAAGAGAACGCACGCAGCAAGAUAACGCCAGAUUUUCACUUGAUCCAGAGGCAUGGGAAAGGACUCGACACGGCCGGAAGGGAAGAUCUUUUGGGUUAAGUCUUGGGAAUAC